GCAAGGAAACAUGAACAGACAGCGUGUGGAUUAUAACGUUACUGUUAUUUAAUCAAUAAAUUAACGUGAAGACUGGCAUGGAUAUAGUGUGACAUUAUCCCCAAGCAUGGAUUAAAACAAUGAUCUCUUUCUAUGCGUGCGUGUGUUUGGUAAUGAUUCUGUUCGAACCCCCUGAUCGGGAUUUAAAUUUUUUAAGACCUGCCAACACGUUCGGAUUUACAAAAUAAACUCGGUCUGUUUCAGAGACAAGAUCGGAACAUGCUGAAGAUCAUUCUUUUUUGCUGGGUACCUUUUUUUAAAUGAAAAAUAAUAAUAAUCUUGCAUCACACUUUGCAAUCGGACACAGCCGAGGAUAAUAAUUAAUUGUUUAUGAAUUGUCGAUAUUUUCACCGGUGGUGUGGAGGAAUUUUUAUCGCAAAUUCGCAGUGCUCUGGCUGUCACUAUUCCGUGUUCUGGCGGCGGAUACUGUGGCUGACUUGUAAGGGAACGAAUUUUCCAUCGCGUCUCGGUCUUGGUACCGAACACAAGGAUUUCGACAUGACUAGCACCGACAACCCGGUCGGCGGACGAUUAUGACUACAGCGGCGAACUGGGUGGCUAACGGGGCGAGCCUCGAGGAUUGCCACUCCAACCUCUUCUCUCUGGCGGAGCUGACCGGCAUCAAAUGGCGGCGGUACGGCUUCCGCGGCGGGGGCGGGUGCGGGCCGGUGAUCUCGGCGCCCGCCCAGGACGACCCGAUCCUGCGCAGCUUCACCCGCUGCGUGCAGGCCAACCUGCUGUGCGUGUGGCGGCGCGACGUCAAGCCCGACGCCAAGGAGCUCUGGAUCUUCUGGUGGGGGGAGGAGCCUAACCUGGCCGACAUCAUCCACCGUGAGCUGGAGGUGGAGGAUGAGGGGCUUUGGGAGAGUGGGCUGUCAUAUGAGUGCCGGACCCUGCUUUUCAAGGCAAUCCACAACUUGCUGGAGAGGUGCCUGAUGGAUAAGGACUUUGUGAGGAUCGGCAGGUGGUUUGUGAAGCCAUAUGAGGAGGAGGAGAAGGAGCUCAACUCUAGUGAGCACCUGUCAUGCGCCUUCACCUUCUUCCUGCACGGGGAGAACAGCGUGUGCACGAGCGUGGAGGUGGCGCGCCACCAGCCGGCCUACCGCCUCACCGAGGAGCACAUCGGCCGCGCCCAGACCUCCUCCACACCUGUGCAAGUGAUCCUGAGCCCCUAUGGGCUGGGGGGCACCUUGACGGGCCAGGCCUACAAGAUGAGUGACCCUGCGGUGCGCAAGCUCAUGGAGGAGUGGUCCCACUUCUACCCCGUGGUGCUGCGGAGCAGGGAGGGCGAGCGCGAAAAUGCCGACCCCUCCUACGACCCCCACAGCCACGUGGCCGUCGAGGUCAUCGUAGGUGGCGUGCGGAUGGUUUACCCAGCAGCCUUUGUGCUCAUAGCCCAGGGGGACCUGCCGGCCGAGCAGGCCCCUCCCGUUACAGGGGCGCAGGGGUCUGUCAGGGACCCGUCAAACUGCAGCGUCCCCCUGACCCCGCCCACGUCGCCGGAGCAGCCCUGCUCAGGUGACAGCGGCUUCCAGACUGCGGUCUCCAGCGUCGUCGGGCAGGAGGGGGGCGUGGCCCCCGCCAACCUCACCCCAGACCACUCCGGGAAGAAGCUGACCAAUCAGGUGGUCCACCAGGCAUGGAGAGAGUGCUACCUGAACAAAUCGCAGCGCAGCAGGCACGGCGCCAUGACGACCGGGGAGGAGGUGCCAAAUGGGUUGCCAGUUUGGGACUUUAUCGACCCGGGAGGGAGAUUCUCCUGCCAGUGCUCAAGGUCAAAGCAACAGAAACCGCGGCAGGUGCAUGCAGCUGCCUCCAACCCUGAACCCAGUGCCAACUCCGCCCCCGCCAUCCCCUCCCUGCCCCCUCCCGCCGCGACCAAGCACAAAGCGGCCGACAAGCCCGACAAGUCUGACAAGCAGCCCAAGAGGGCGGCCGUGACGCCCUUCCACCACCGGCUGCUGCCGGAGCAGGAGGCCUGCCUGGAGCAGGACUCGGCCGGAGGCCCCCAGCUCGGCCUGGUGGCCCUGGACCCCCCUCUCGAACCCCUGCCCGGCUGCAAGUUCCCCAAGCCCCUCCCGGCCGGCGGAAAGGCCCCCGAGUCGUUGCUGCACUCCCCGGUCUCACCCCUGCCCCCCACCCUCAGCCCCCACCCCCGGGUGCCGGAGCCGGAGGCACUGGAGGCCACCGCAUGCCCGCCCCCCUGCCCCACGGAGGCGCAGCUGGGACAGGGGCUGCCGGAGCCCAGCGAGACGGCACUCUACGCCGCCUCCCUUGGGCACAGAGCCGCUGCCGGGGGCUGGUGGAGGGGCUAUAACACCCCCUGUGCUGAAAAACUGGAGUUCCAGCCCCCGGAUCUGCCUGGAGACCGAGCGGAGAGCAAGUGUGAGACGGCCACUGAGGGGGUCGCUCUGAAGAGGCUGUUCACCCAGACCCACAAGCGCUUCAAGAUCUGCGAGGAGCGGACGAGAGAGCACGUUCGCACCCUGGGCCUGCUGCAGCAGCCCGGGGUGGAGGGGCUCGGGGACCCAGGGGACGACCCCUACACCUUCAAGGACGAAGACGUCGAGUACAGCUUCCCCACCACCAAGAGGCUGAAGGGCCCGGAGCGAGAAGCUGGGCGCAAGACGAAGGGAGAGGACAUGACAAGCAACGGUGCAGUGCCUGAUGGGAAAGACGCCAUGUCCAUCUUCAGCACGGCGCCCAAAUCCGAUGACUCGUCACAGGAUGAUGCGUCAGCCAAAGCGAACCCGCCCCUCACCCGGGAGACGGACCUGGUGGUCCUCAUCUCUGACCUGGAGAACAUUUUCGACAACUCUGACGAGGAUGAGCUGGGGGCCACAUUCCCCAACCAGCAAUCGGCAAAGGCCCCUGCUGCUGGAGCUGAGGAGCGCCCCCUAGGGAAAGAGGGAAGGGUUGCAGUGCCAUAUCCCUCAACAGUAGCAGAUCUCCAGCGGAUGUUCCCCACCCCUCCGUCCCUGGAGCAGCACCCUGCCUUUUCCCCCAUCAUGACCUACCGGGACACCCCCAGCCAGGAGCCCCCCGCCCCCACGGCAGGGUCAGACCACCCGCCAGGCCCCCAGUCUGCCACCCAGCUGGCUGAGUUCAGGAUGGAGGUGGAGGAGGGCAUGGCCAGCCCCAAACCAGAGGAUAUCAGGGACUUUUCCUUUGUCUACCGUGUCCCCCCCAUCCAUCCGCACAUGGGCUGCUCCAUGUUCGCCCCCCUCCGGACCCUCCCCAGCCAGUGCUUGCCCCCCCUCAAGAUCCCGGAGAACUGCUACUACCGGCCGUCCUGGGCUCUGCCCCCCAAAAUGGAGCACCUCCCCAUCCCCCCACAGGUCCCCUUCCUCCGGGAUGGGUAUGUCAACGUGCCCAGUGUCAACAGCCUGAUGGAGCAGGACUACACCCAGCUGAGCACGGGCGUGGCCUCCGCAAGCAACAUGGGCGGGGUGCUGCCCUCUCCCGCCACGCCCCGCUUCUCUGUGCCCACCCCCCGCACCCCGCGCACCCCCCGGGGCGUGGGCGCGGCCAGCGGGCAGGGCUCGGUGAAGCAGGAGGGGACGGAGCCGAGCUCGCCCGCCUCCACACCCUCCACCAGCCGGCCGCUGAGCUCGGUGGAGCCGGCGGUGCCGGCGCCGGCGCUGCCCGAGGCCCACAGCCUCUACGCCACGCUGCUGCUGUCGGACUCGGUGCUGGACGUCUUCCGGGACCGCAACUUCGACAGCUGCUGCAUCUGCGCCUGCAACAUGAACGUGAAGGGCGCCGACGUGGGCCUGUACAUCCCGGACUCCAGCCGCGAGGACCAGUACCGCUGCACCUGCGGAUUCAGCGCCAUCGUCAACCGCCGGCUGGCACACGGCGCUGGCCUCUUCCUGGAGGACGAGCUGGACAUCUUCGGGCAGGGCUCGGAGGUGGGGCGUGCGGCCGAGCGGAGGCUGGCCCUUUGCCGGAGGACCCCGCCCGUGGGCGACCCCGGAGCCCGCCGGCCCCAGGACACCCCCACCGCCAUACUGGAGCUCCUCCAGGACCAGUGCUCCCGGCCCAUCUCCUCGCCCUCCUCCCUGCACCUGCACCUGGCCUGUUCCUGCCGCGGCCGCCAGGGGGCGCUGCUGCAGAGCUGGACCUGCGAUAAGCUGUGGGCGGACGACAGUGACGCCUGCGUGGAGUGCUACAACGCCCUGGUGCAGGGCCAGCAGUACGUGGACAACCCAGCAGGGGGCAGAGUGGACCCGGCCGUCGUCAGGAGCAGCGCCCUCCACGCCUGGCCUCACACCAACGUGACGGACAUCAGCAGGCUGUCCUCGCAGGACGUGGUGCGCAUGCUGCUGUCCCUGCAGCCCGUCCUGCAGGACGCCAUUCAGAAGAAGCGCACGGGCCGGACCUGGGAGAACAUCCAGCACGUGCAGGGCCCGCUCACCUGGCAGCAGUUCCACAAGAUCGCCGGCCGCGGCUCCUACGGUUCAGAGGAGUCUCCUGAGCCGCUAUCCAUCCCCACGCUGUUGCUAGGCUACGACCGGGACUUCCUGGCCCUGUCUCCGCUUGCCCUGCCCUUCUGGGAGAAGCUCCUCCUGGAGCCGUACGGGGGCCCACGGGACGUGGCCUUCCUGGUCCUCUGUCCUGACAGCGAGGCCCUCCUGGCGGGGGCACAUGUCUUCUUUCGGGAGCUCAGCGCUGUCUAUGAGACCUGCCGCCUGGGGAAACACCGCCCCCUGGCCAAGGUGUCCCGGGACGGCAUUUUUCGGGUGGGGGAGCUGGAGCCCCAGGAUCUGGUGGAGGAACUGGUGGAUCAGUGGUUCGCAGAGCCCUGGGCUGGGCAGAACCGGGACGACAACCUGACCAAGCUCAAGCUCUACGCGCACGCCUGCCGGCAGCAGCUGGCCCCACAGCUGGCCGCCCUCUCCCUGGACAGCAGCCUGUUGCAGGCCCCAAAGCCCCAGCCUCCCCUACCCCCCGCAUCCGCCUCCCAGCCCACCCCCUCCAGCCAGACCCCCACGCCAGCCGGGGCCCCCGACGGACCCGCCGCGCCUCCUGGCUCGGGGAACACCCCGACCCCCGCCGGGGCGACACCCAGCCAGCCGGGAGGGGGCGAGACCGCACAGGGGGGAGGCACGGAGCAUAAGAACCCUUCGAACACGACGCCGCUCCCCGUCCCGCCAGCGGAGGGCACAGAGAGCUCCACCGACCGGGAGCGCAUCGGCAUCCCCACGGGGGCGGAAUCGGCAGACAGCCACGCCCACCCGCCGGCCAUUGUGCUGUACGUGGUGGACCCGUUCCUGAGCGUGGGUGGAGACCGGGACGAUGAGGAGGCGGAGCCUGGCAGCGUGUGGCUGUUGGGUCUGCUGCGCUGCUACACGGAGAUGCUCCGCGCCAUUCCCGAAUCCCUGCAGCCGGCGCUCGUCCUUCAGGUGGUGCCCUGCCAGUACCUGCUGCAGCCAGCCAUCGGAGAGAACCCCAUUUACCUGCAGCACCUGCGCUCGCUGGCCUUCUCCGCCUACUCCCAGUGCAGGCGGCUGCUGCCCGCGCAGACACACGUCAAGUCUCUGACAGGAUUCGGCCCUGCCGCCACUGUCGAGUCCGUCCUGAAGGACCCCGAGCGCCCCACUCCGCUCCAGCUCUACUCCCCGCCCUUUGUUCUGGGCCCCACACGCAACAAGCAGCUGGAUCCGGGCGAGCCGUGGGGCGAGGUGGCCGCCCGCUACGGCGUGCUUUUCGUGGGCUACUGCCUGUCCCACGACCAGCGCUGGAUCCUGGUGUCCUGCACUGACCAGCAGGGAGAGCUGCUGGAGACCUGUGUCAUCAAUGUCGACGUUCCCAACAGAGCCCGAAGGCCGAAGGUCUCUCCAAGGAAGAUGGGCCUUCAGAAGGUGUGGGAGUGGUGCAUCGGGAUUAUCCAGAUGACCUCACUUCCUUGGAGGAUUGUGAUUGGCCGGCUGGGACGCCUAGGUCACGGGGAACUGAAGGACUGGAGCGUCCUACUGGGGGAGCACUCGCUGCACUCCAUCAGCCGCCAGCUGCGUGAGGCCUGCCGGAUCUGCGGCAUCUCUGCCGCUGACUCACCCUCCAUCCUCAGCGCCUGCCUGGUUGCCAUGGAGCCACAGGGCUCCUUCGUGGUUAUGCCAGACGCGGUGACCAUGGGCUCCGUCUUCGGCCGCAGUACGGCUCUGAACCUGCAGACCACCCAGCUCAACACCCCGCAGGAUGCCUCCUGCACCCACAUCUUGGUCUUCCCCAUCUCCGCCACCACCCAGGUGGCCCCUGGCACUUACCCCACUGAGGACAACCCCGACGACAUGUUUGACCUGCCCUUCCCGGACGAGCUGGAGAACGACAUCGGGCACGACAUGAUGCUGAUCACGGGGAACUUACACUCCUCCCCAAACACAUCCCCCGUUCCCUCCCCUGGGUCCCCCUCUGGCAUGGGUGCCGGGUCCCACUUCCCUCACAACCGGAGUCAGGGAGAGAGGCUGCUGUCCCGCGAGGCUCCGGAGGAGCUGAAGCAGCAGCCGCUAGCCCUGGGUUACUACGUCUCCACUGCCCAGGCCGAGGACCUGCCCCACUGGUUCUGGGCUUCCUGUCCGCAGGCGCAGAACCAGUGCCCGCUCUUCCUGAAGGCCUCCCUCCACCACCACAUAUCCAUCGCCCAGAACGACGAGCUCCUUUCCAGCUCCCAGAGGUGCCCCCACCCCCUGGACUCCAAGACCACGUCCGACGUGCUCAGGUUUGUGUUGGAGCAGUACAACGCCCUCUCCUGGCUGACCUGCAGUCCUGCGACGCAGGACCGGCGGUCCUGCCUGCCUGUGCACCUGGUCGUCCUCACGCAGAUGUACAACGCCAUCCUCAACAUGCUGUAGACUUCUGGAGGGGGCCGGCAGAGGAGCCGACCCCAGUCCCUCAUGCAAUCGGGGUGGACCCAGGAGGCGGGGUAGGGGGCGGGGCACGCCCAGCUUCCUGUAUGUCUCACGCAGUGCUCUGUUGACCUGAGACCCCACCAUCUGAGCCAUAGGAAGAUCGAGGUGCUUCCUGUACCUCGCGCAUCACUUCCUUUGCCUCUGCUGUGAGAAGACACUAGUCCGACAGUGUGUGGACAGUGCUGUUGGAUUGAGGAGAGUGCUUGAUGUUCUGGAAACAGAAGCAGGAUAUUUGAGAGUGUUUUUAAUCACGCUCUGAUGCCAGUUUGCCCUUGCACAAAAACAGUGGGUGUCAGCUGUACUUAGGAAGAAUAUGGAUUUUUUUUAUCAAUCAUGAAAUCAUAAAGUUCAAUUUAUACAUUUAAACCAUCUCUUCCACAACCUUUAUAUAGCUUUGGCCCUUUAAGGACAUCAAGGGUCAUUAGAAACUAAAUGUAUAGAAAGCAUUUGGUAGGAUAUGCCAAGCGCAGACAAAUUAGCAGCAUUGGUAAUUGGCUAGCACAGCCAAUUAAAACAUUGUAUAUGGGGCUCGUGUUCAAGUACUGAAUGUUGAGCUGUUAAACUUGGUUAAUGUAAACUGAAAUUAAACUCAGUGAUAAACAAAGACACUAUACUGACACUAACUACACUGAUGUUUUUUGGAGAGUCGAAAUUAUCUGUGAUUGCGAAAACUCCAUAACAUUAUAAAUGUGUAUUAUUGGUCACCAUUGUCCAUAUAGCUGGUCAAAGCUGACCUCCUUUCUUUUUGUGAAGGGCAAACUUGCUGACAAAGUCUAAAGUCUAAAGUCUCCUCCUGUUGCCUCAGCCACUCACCUGGUCCACCCCAU